AUGUCCUGCCAGCUGCACCAGCACCUCCCUCCCCUCUACCAGGACUCCUUGGCGCUGCCCCCUGGCAUCCCCUUCCCGCCUCAGCGGUGGCACUCCACCACCUGCAUCCCCCAGGCCGCGCCCGGCCAGGUGGUGCCCCUGCAGCGGGCCACGUCCUCCAGCGCGUGCCACCAGCAGAGCGUCACCCAGGCCGUGCCACCCCGUCAGCUCCACGGACCCCUCCCGCAGCAGCAGAUUGUCCCCGGGCGGGUGACAACGUGCGCACCACCGCAGCAGCGCGUGACCGGCGGCGCGGGCGUCACCUGGAGAGUGCCACACCAGGUGGGGGUGACCCAGUGCGUGCCACAGCAGCUGCGGGUGCCACAGCACUGCCCGCCCGUCCUCCAGCAGCAGAAGGUUGUCCCCAGGUGUGUAACCACCUGCGUGCCGCAGCAGCACGCGACGGGCGGCGCGGGUGUCACCGGCGUCACCCAGUGCGUGCCGCAGCAGCUGCAGGUGCCACCGCCCCAGUGCGUCCCCCAGCAGCAGAAGAUUGUCCCCAGGUGUGUCACCACCUGUGUGCCGCGGCCGCCGUUUGUCACCAAGGGCUUCCCGCCGCAGCAGAGUGCCACCAAGUGCGUCCCCCAGCAGUGUGUGACCAGCGUCUGUCCCCAGCAGGGUGUCCCCACGUGUGUCACCACCUGUGUCCCCCAGCAGCGGGCGGCCCGGGGCGUGUCCUACCAGUGGGUGACAGCGCCCGUCCCCCAGCAGUGGCAGAGUGUCACCGCCAGUGUCCCCCAGCAGUGGCACGGCAGGUGUGUCACCAAGUGUGUCCCGCAGCAGUGUGACACCGGUGGGGCCAGCAUUUGUGUCCCACAGCAGCAGCAGAGUGGGACAAUUUGUGUCCCACAGCAAAGUGUCACCAAGUGCGUCCCUCAGCAAAGUGCCACCAAAUGUGUUCCCCAGCAAAGUGCCACCAAGUGUGUCCCCCAGCAAAGUGCCACCAAGUGUGUCCCCCAGCAGAUUGCCACUAAAUGUGUCCCCCAGCAGUAUGGGACAAUCUGUGUCCCCCAGCAAAGUGCCACCAAGUGUGUCCCCCAGCAAAGUCAGUGUGUGACCAAGAGUGUCACUCAGCAAAGUGCCACCAAAUGUGUCCCCCAGCAGAGCUGUGGCACAAUUUGUGUCCCUCAGCAGAGUGUAACCAAGUGUGUCCCCCAGCAAAGCGCCACCAAAUGCGUCCCCCAGCAAUAUGGGACAAUUGGUGUCCCCCAGCAAUGUGCGACCAAGUGUGUCCCCCAGCAAAGUGCCACCAAAUGUGUCCCCCAGCAGUGUGUGACCAAGAGUGUCACCCAGCAGAGUGCCACCAAGUGUGUGCCCCAGCAAAGUGCCACCAAGUGUGUCCCCCAGCAAUAUGGGACAGUUUGUGUCCCCCAGCAGUGUGUGACUAAAUGCGUCCCCCAGCAAAGUGCCACCAAGUGUGUCCCUCAGCAAUGCGGGACAAUUUGUGUCCCCCAGCAAAGUGCCACCAAGUGUGUCCCCCAGCAAAGUGCCACCAAGUGUGUCCCUCAGCAAUAUGGGACAAUUGUUGCCCCCCAGCAGUGUGUCACUAAAUGUGUCCCCCAGCAAAGUGCCACCAAGUGUGUCCCCCAGCAGUCCGGUGGAGUGAAGAUCUCCAGCCAUGCCAAGAAAUACUGCUCGGCCCCCAAGUGGCCCUGGUGA